UUUGAGGCUCGCUGCGCAUGCCUGUUGCUUCAUUCCUCCUCCACUGUAGACAUGGCGACGUCCCUGAUCUGCGGCCGUUUGACGGCUAGCCUGAGAACUUCAGGGGCCAGAAACUCUCUCAGCUCCGCCACCAAGGUUCUUGGUGGUUCUUCUGGUCUGUUCGGAGGCCAUGUGUCCCAGCAGCAGCCUCCCCACCUGCAGCAGCAGCAGAGGAACCUUUCUCUACACGAGUACAUGAGCAUCGGCCUGCUCAAGGAGGCCGGCAUCUCUGUGCCGGCCGGCAUGGUGGCCAGCUCCUCGGAGGAGGCCUACGCCGUGGCCAAGGAGAUCGGUUCAAAGGACCUGGUGGUGAAAGCUCAGGUUCUGGCCGGUGGCAGAGGAAAGGGGACGUUUGAGGGCGGACUGAAGGGCGGAGUGAGGAUCGUCUACUCGCCGGAGGAGGCCCGAGACAUUUCAUCCCAGAUGAUCGGUCGAAAGCUGUACACCAAGCAGACCGGGGAGGCGGGUCGUAUCUGCAACCAGGUGUUCAUCUGUGAGCGCAGGUAUCCACGCAGAGAGUACUACUUCGCCAUCACCAUGGAGAGGUCCUAUCAGGGCCCAGUGUUGAUUGGCAGCUCGCAGGGGGGCGUGAACAUCGAAGAUGUUGCGGCGGAAAACCCAGACGCCAUUGUGAAGGAGCCCAUCGACAUUGUGGAGGGCAUUAAGAUGGAGCAGGCUGUCAAGGUCGCUCAGAAGAUGGGCUUCCCACCGGCUCUGGUGAACGAGGCAGCAGAGAACAUGAUCAAACUGUACAACGUGUUCAUCAAGUACGACGCGUCCAUGGUGGAGAUCAACCCCAUGGUGGAGGACUCCUCUGGCAUCGUGAUGUGCAUGGAUGCCAAGAUCAACUUUGACUCCAACGCAGUGUACCGCCAGAAGAAGGUGUUUGACAUGCAGGACUGGACUCAGGAGGACCCCCGGGACCGGCAGGCCGCCAAGGCAGACCUCAACUACAUCGGCCUGGACGGAACCAUCGGCUGUCUGGUGAACGGAGCCGGUCUGGCCAUGGCCACCAUGGACAUCAUCAAGCUCCACGGCGGCACACCGGCCAACUUCCUGGAUGUUGGAGGAGGAGCCACAGCUCAUCAGGUGACCGAGGCCUUCAAGCUCAUCACCUCUGACAGGAAGGUUCAGGCCAUCCUGGUCAACAUCUUCGGAGGCAUCAUGAGGUGUGAUGUCAUCGCCCAGGGCAUCAUCAUGGCUGUGAGAGACCUGGACCUCAAGAUCCCCAUCGUAGUCCGGUUACAAGGCACAAGAGUGGACGACGCCAAAGCUCUGAUCGCUGCCAGUCCACUGAAAAUCCUGGCCUGUGACGACCUGGAUGAAGCCGCCAAAAUGGUUGUUAAGCUUUCUGAAAUCGUCUCUCUGGCAAAGGAAGCCCAAGUGGACAUCACCUUCCAGCUGCCCAUCUAAGAAAACCUCCACGACCUCGCCCCAAGCACGUCCACCUCCACCCGCCCCCCAGAAAACCCCCUCAGACACCCACAAAUCCACUCCCAAGACCAGGCAGCAGCAGGAUGGACCUACUUGUUUAGUUUCCUCCUUUUUUCUGGCUCUGGCGCGAUGGCACGACUCUGAACACGUCUUCUUUCCCCUCCACACAUCUCCAACCUACUAACUUACGUUGCACUUCAGUCGAUACGCACAAACCUUUAAAUCCUCCCUCACGCUCCUCUGCCAGCUGGUCUGUUCGCUUCAGUACUGGAAGCUCCUCCUUCGACCUACUUUUAAAGAAAAAUGCAGCAUUUUUCUGUUUGAUUUCAGCUUCAGCGUGUUUGUCUCUAAAUAGGAAUGUAACAGAAUAAAAAAUGAACUUGUUCCCCUUCUUGCGAGACUUUUAUCUAUCCAACACUCAAACUGUAAAUCUGAGCUCAGCUGCUGCACCGGAUUCAGGAAAUGGCCUCAAUUUUCUCCUUAGUGAGAGAACAAUCAACUAUACAUUGAUUUGAUAAUCGUGCUCAGACACAGAAAUUACUCCAUAGACGGUUUUUUUCCCUCCCUCCUGCUGGCCUCGGUGUUAUUUCUGUACCUCCUGUAGGAACAAGUGUUCAUCGGCCGACUCAUUUCUCAUCAUAUUACAGAUGUUUGCUCCUUCUAAAGCUGGAGACUCGACUCUGACGGUGUUCAGGCUCAUUGGUCAAGAGAUAAAAAUAAAGGAGUCCUUCACUACAGGGCUAGCAUAACUCAGCUUUGAAUCGAUCCAUCCUUGGGUUUUAGCUCGUCAUGUUGAACACAGGUGAUGCGUCACUCGGUUAAAUAAAGGAAUUACUCCGUCUUCCUGCUGUGCGCCAGGGAGGAACAAAAGUUGGAUCCCUUGCUCUUUAAAUCAUACAUUUUCAACCCAUUUAAUCAACGUUGUCAUACCCUCCCUUUAUCUCGUCAUUUAAGGAGAACAUUUGUAAGCGAUUUCGACUCGCUUUGGUCGGUGUUCGGUUAAGUUUAGACACUACUUUAAGUUCAGAAAACGGACCAUCCGCUUGUUUCUAUGUGUUACAAAGCUCCAUCUUCCUCCACUGUUGUUGACUUCAUUGAGGUUCUUCUGCUCAUCGGUGAGGUAUGAAAUAACCCAUGUAUGUGAGAGUAACCCGUGAUUUUAAGAGCAAUGUAAUGUCUGAUGAAGUAAAAAGUUUUUGGAGUUCAAACCUAGACAAAGGGAAGCUCAGAUUUUUUCCUAUUUGUGUCUUUACUAGUUAAAUUUACAAAUGUAAGAAGUUUGCUAGAAAAAAAAACAAUCGACGCCCGUUUCCAUCCUUUAUCGUCAUGCAAACAGGAAGUUCAAUGGCAUCAACAGCAGAUGGUACCACUCCAUACCGUUUAUUUGCCAAGUCUAUUCACACUUUGUUGUAUUUUGGUUUUAUUAGAGCUGCAGUGAUUCUUGCAACUCCAAAAAAGACCUCAUGAAGUCGCUUUGACACUACGAAACUGAAAGACAUUUGUUUUAACGAUCGAACAAACGAUCAAAAGAUGAAUUGAUUCUGUGCCGCCUUAUCAUCACACAAAUUAAUGGAAACUCAGCGUUUAUCAUCCUAAAAUCCAAAGAUCUCUGCAUAUUUGAUGUUACUGUAAAAGGCGACGACCAGGAAGUUCAGGCUAAUCUUCAUUUCCAACGUUAAAACCACCCGUUCAGGUUGCAGGUUUAUCGCCUUGUUUAAGAGUCGUUCGUAUGCCACAAGUUUCUGAUUUUUUUUCUUUUUGGAUGUAGAAAGUUACAAGAGGUGGAUUGUCGGCUGGUGGAGACACUGGAAAUUUGCGUUUAUUUAUUUGCUUUACAGAGAAAUCGUCUCUGACUCUGCGGCGGCUGCUAAUGUACAUUCGGUCUGCCAUCGUGCCACAGUGAGGUAGCAGCUUUCUUUCAGAUUUUUCUUUCCGUACGUGACGUCAGGUGGGUCGAUUAUCUCGGCCGAACAGUAAAACAGCUGUAGUUGUUCUUUUCCCCUCCCUCAUCUUCCUCCUCCUCCAGCGCUCCAGACACAAGCCGACAUCGUGGGUUGUACGUCAUUUAUUUUCUUGUAAAUAACCAAACUGAUGUUCUCGCUCUGUAAAAUAUUUAUGCUCCUUAUGAAGAGUACAACAAAGGAAUAAAAAAAAAGAAUAAAUACAGAGAACACCAA